AUGGCGAGGAAGAGGUUAAAAUCAUCUGCCAGACUCCCAUCGGUGCUGUCACGCCCAAAGGGCAAAAAGCUCUCAAGCACUCGAUAUCAACGGCAAUAUAGAUUGGCGCUGGGCGGCAACACCAAAAGCCAGAAAACCCUUACCCAGAUCGAUUUUGUGAAUCGGCAGUCCAAUUUCGAGCCAUCAGAGGACUUGGAUUUGGAAUAUAUCGAAGAAGAUGAGAACGAAGAAGCUGAGUUUACACCUAAUCUCAAGAAGCAUUCUCGCGGGCAGAAGAAGCCACCCGGCAACAAGAGGACCAGAUUUAUCGAACCCGCGGACACCACUCUGACUCAGAUGGGUUAUGGCACUUUGCGGGAUGAAAUUGAUGAUGAUUAUGAUGAUGAAGAUAUCAGACCCCGAUCACCAGCUAAAAAAGUUGCCUACACCCCGAUGCGGACGCAGGAGGGAUCUGCUUUUUCACUGCAAGCUAUAAAAGAGGAAUCUGAUGAUCUAGAAGUGUCAGACGUUGAGCAGGCCUAUGGUAGGAGCCAUAAAAAGAGAAAACUGAGCUGUGCCAGGGAAAAUGCUUUUGCCAAAGGAUCGGGAGACCCGGACGAGACUAAUUUCGGCGGAGCUGUCUCUGGUGCUGGCGGCAACAUUUAUGAGCCGCCGAAUCGUAUACCUAGAGGUUUCAUGUCCCCCAGCAAAAGCACUUCUCAAGCGUCAAACAGGAGCUCAACUACCCUCUCGGGUUCGUUAGUCACACCUCAGAAGCGGAGACGGCGCGUUGUUCCAUCAUCUCAGUCCCCCGAGAGCCCAGAGGUCGUCUUUAGCAGCGUGAAGCGAACAAAUGCAGUUAUCCAGUCGCCAUUAAAGUCAAGAUCGGCGAAUAAUACUCCUAGCCGCACUGGUGAAAAUCAUACCCGUGAUUCUCUAUCGGCUAAGAGAAAAGCUCUGAGUCACGAUUCCAUCCAAGGGGACUUUUCACUUCCGCCGCCCAUCGGGACUGUGCGUGAAUCGCCGACUCCACGUUCCCCGAAUCAGAAGAUAAGAGCUACGGGAGAUCUAUAUGCUUCUUCCUCCCCACUUUCUUCUAUUCGAUCUCCUGAUAUGCCGUCAAAAUCAUUUCUAGACAGUAUUCAGCCAAGAAGGACUACGCCACGACCUGCCUCAACCGGCUCCAUUAGGUCUAGAAGAACCUGUCACCAAGUUGUUUACGGCACUGAUGAUGACGAAUCCGAUGCUGAAAUCCGUUUUGAUACCUUUCCCGAACGAAUUGGUGAACAGGAUGAGUCUGCUCCACGUGUUUCCAGCCGCGACCUACAUUCCGAAUCGGUGGAAAAUAUUCGAAAUACUGCAACAGAGUCUGAUGCUUCUGUCCUUUACGCUCGACAUUACCAGAGCUAUCCCUACGAGAAGUAUAUGGGGACCGUAAACCCGGAAGACAUGGUGGAAGUAUCCCAGACUAAUAUUGAAACCCAAUCCGAUGCCAUCGAACCAUCCCUUAAAUCAAUCCUAGAUCAGACACAGCAUAUACCUACUCCGAAUAACCCGAGACCUAUGGAUAAUAUAUCAAUAAAGCCCCUCCCCGCAUCAUCGCAGGCGCAUGCAAACCACAUGAAAGUGCAUAAUACCCAACAUCCACCGCCACAUACGCCUAUGGUUUUUGUUGAAUCAUCCCAAAACGCUUUGAAUGUACCCGAAUCUAACGACGUUGGAUGGCGGAACAGCCCACGAGAAGUCCUUACCGCCAGUCAAUUGGUACCUAACAACUUGAUGGAUAGCAUACCGACUCCCCCAGAUUGGGCAUCCAGCCCAGCUGCUGAGCAGGAAGUUACGAAGAAACCAUAG